AUGUUCAAAGUGGCAGACACAUUCCGAUGGUUGGUCGUCAUCCACGAUCCGGAGCUCAUAGAAGAACUACGGAAACUGCCUGACAGCAUCGUAUCAACGAAAGAAGCUAUCAGGGAGGGUAUUCAAAUGAAGUAUACCCUUGGAGACCACAUACUCAACAAUCCAUAUCAUAAACCAAUUAUUGCAACGAAACUGAGAUGGGCCUUGCCUGAGCUCAUUCCUGGAGCUCAUGAGGAAGUCACAGACACGUUCAAUGAGCUGAUUCAACCUACAGAAGGCAGGUACUGGACCAGCGUAAAAGUCCUCAACACGAUGAUGAAGAUCAUUGCUCAUGCUGGCAACCGCGUUCUUGUUGGAUAUCCUCUUUGUAGAGAUCCCGACUGGGUGGACCUCAAUGUACAUUACACACUUGAUGUUGUCAAGGCGGGCAUUACUCUCUGA